AUGGAAGCCGGAGACGGGAAGAACACCGUAAACCCGGCGAAGAUCGACGAUCUUCAGACGUGGCUCAGCGCCGCCUUAACAUACCACGAGACGUGUUUCGAUACCCUCGACGAGUCCAUCCCGAACAACAACACGGAGUCCGCGGUCUCUCAGAAGCUGAGAUCCUCCAUGAGAAACUCCACCGAGUUCACCAGCAACAGUCUAGCAAUCGUCGCGAAGCCCCACGUGACGGUCGCGGCGGAUGGCUCCGGCGACGUGAAAACGGUUAACGAGGCAGUUGCAACGGUCCCGCUUAAGAGUAACGCAACGUUCGUUAUAUACGUGAAAGCCGGUGCGUAUGUAGAGAAUGUACUUUUGGAUAAGGACAUGUGGAAUGUUAUGAUCUACGGCGAUGGCAAGGACAAGACCAUUAUUUCCGGCAGCAAGAACUACGUUGACGGCGUUAAAACCCACGAAACGGCGACGUUGGGUAACAUUCUACUCUCUUACUAUAGUCAGAAACUUUUUAAUUGCAAGUGUUUCAGGUGUUCAAGGCAGAGGAUUCAUAAUGAAGGCCAUCAGAAUCAUAAACACCGCCGGACCAGAGAAGCACCAGGCGGUUGCGUUCCGGCCGGUGUUGAGCCUUCGAAAAUAGUGUACGGAGAGUAUAAGAAUUCGGGUCCUGGAUCUAGUGUGGCCCAGAGAGUUAAAUGGGCCGCGUACAAGCCCGUUAUGUCUGAUGCCGAGGCGGCGAAGUUUACCGUUGCCUCGUUUAUCCGAGGAGGCGAUUGGUUACCGGCGACUAGAGUGCCUUAUCAGCUAACUUAG